CAAACCCACAUCGUCCGUAAUAGGAUCCUCUGAUACAACGCGCUCCAACGAUAUGUAAUCUCAUAAGAUGUAAUCGAACCACAAGUCAAAAUACUAUUGUUAUCAACAGCGCCUCCCCAGCCAACCAAUCACCGCGCCCUCGCGGGACAUUAUCAUGGCACGCCUGGGCAUGCUUCUUGUUGCGCUUUGCGCCCUCAUCAUAUCAGUACUUGCUGAUUCACCUCCGUCGUUCUGCAAAUGUACAUGCUUCUCCAACAGCACCAUCAUCCCGCUUUCCUCGCACUCCUCAGCGGAUAAAUCGUCGCCUCAUCUGAGCCUACGUGCGCCUGCUGCAACAUGUGCGAACUGCAAUCGCGCUUUUUGCGUCUCCCAGAGACUCCCUAUAUGUAAAGACGCCGAGGAGAAGGAUAUAUUCACGACAUGCUUCCAGAGGGAUAGCAGGAAGGACCAGAUCGUUGUGGUGACGUUCAUCAUGGUGACUGCAGGGUUGCUUGGAUGGGCCGCUGUAAGGAAGAUACUAGAAAUAAGGAAAGAGGGAAACGGUCGAAGAGGAGGUGCCCAGCAGAGCUAUAUUGCUGUUGGACAAUAAGAGGUUGCCAGCAGGCUAUGUGGACUGGACUUUUACCAUUGUGAAACUAUGAGAUAUGCAGCAAUAGGCGUUUGGUCACGGCUGGUGAGGAAUAAAGCCCUGUUGAAUCUCUGAGCAGCAUUGGCACAUUCGAGCUGGGAUUUAAUGACCCAUGUUUUUAUGUUUUUACGUUUAUCAAAACAUUCAGUAAUCGAAUUCGGAUUCGGACUUCUAUGAACCC